AUGGACCGUUAUAUCGCCAAUUGCUCCUAUCGAUUAGCCAAAAUUCCGAAAAAUAAAACCGCUGGGACGGUUACCGCGAAAAAUACAAUUAUAAUAUAUUACGAGGGUUUUUACCGCGUUUAUGGUUUACCCACGAAAAUCGUUUCCAAUAAAAACCUGCAAUUCGUAUUAAAUUUAAUCGACGAAAUAUCCAAAAUUUUGCAAAUUAAAUGGAAGUUUUCGACGGCCGGGCAUUCCCAAAUAACAGGGCAAAUAAAGAUUAUAAACGCUUACAUCGACCAAAAAUUGCGCUUUUAUAUUAACUAUUUCCAAAACGAUUGGGAUAAACGUAUACCCGCAAUCGAUUUGGUGCAGGUAACGCUACCCCAUAAUUUUUUCGGAGGAUUUUCACCUUUCGAAAUUAAAAACGGUUACCCGGCCCAUAUAUAUUUCGAUUGGACGCAAAAAACCGAAUUAAAAGGAUUACUUACCCGUAAACGAUUUACAAAAACCGAAAUUUAA